AUGGCAAGACUACGGAGGAAAGGUUGCAUAGUCCUGUUUCUCUUUACACUAUUCAUCUUUGGGACCAUGAUGGGACUGAGGACACUAAAGCCCAGCGAUGGCUUCUCGGAUCUGGCUCCGGGCUUGGAGCUCCUGCCGAUGAUAGCGGGGAAAAUGGACCGGCGCUCCGUGUCCCGUGACACCACCGCGUCCCCGGGUCAAGCCCAUCCGCCCGACAGCCACACUAAAGCAGUUUUGUCCAACUCUGGCCCCGAGGGGACAAUAUUUUAUGAUGUUCAUGUUUUUUACUAUACCUGGUACGGCAACCCACAUAUGGACGGCAAAUACAUUCAUUGGGACCACAUCCUUGUUCCGCACUGGGACCCCAAAAUCGCAUCAAGCUACCCAAGAGGAAGACACAUGCCGCCUGAGGACAUCGGCUCCAGUUUCUACCCCGAACUUAAUCCGUACAGUUCGAGGAACCCGGAGGUGUUGGAGUCCCACAUGGAGCAGAUUGGGGCAUCUGCAGCAGGGGUUCUGGUCCUGUCGUGGUAUCCUCCCGGCUUGGCUGACGACAAUGGUGAACCCACUGAGGAUUUGGUACCAGCUGUACUGGAUGCCGCAUACAGACACAACCUCAAGGUUGCAUUUCACAUCCAACCAUACAGAGGACGAAACGACCAGAGUGUGCAUGACAACAUCAAGUACAUCAUUGACAGGUACAGUGAACAUGGCGCCUUCUACAAGUUUACCUCCAGCACAGGGAAAAGUCUUCCUCUAUUCUACAUCUAUGACUCCUACCUGACUCCUCCUGAGUCCUGGUCUGAAUUCUUGACUCCCACAGGCUCCCACAGCGUGCGCGGCUCAGCCUAUGACGCCAUCUUCAUUGCCCUGAUUGUGGAGGAGCGUCACAAGCAUGACAUCCUGGCAGGUGGCUUUGAUGGCAUGUACACUUACUUUGCUUCCAACGGUUUCUCCUUCGGCUCUUCUCACCAGAACUGGAAGGCCAUCAAAGCUUUUUGUGACGGCAACAAUCUCCUCUUCAUCCCCAGCGUUGGACCUGGUUAUAUUGACACCAGCAUCCGGCCGUGGAACAACCACAACAUGCGCAACAGGGUAAAUGGUCGUUACUAUGAGACGGCCCUGCAGGCAGCGUUGAAUGUGAGGCCGGACGUUGUCACUAUUACGUCUUUUAAUGAAUGGCACGAGGGGACACAGAUAGAGAGGGCGAUGCCCAAAAAAACAGUGACCCGUGUGUACUUGGACUAUCAGCCACAUGGACCCAAUCACUACCUGGAGUUGACCCGCCGCUGGGCAGAGCAGUUCAACAAAGAGAAGGCGCAGUGGCUCAUGUGAGCUUUUAUUGAUCAGACUUGAAACAGCAUGCACAAGUGUGUGUACACAUGAAGGAGCAGCAACAAAAGAUAGGGAAGUGAAUGUAGAGGUCAGUUAUUAUUAAAAGGUUAUUCUGGGGAAUUUGUUCCAUUGACAGCCCAGAGUCCUUAAUUGGGUCUCUGGUCUUUGUUCACUUAACGCAACUUAAUCGAUUGUCUCAAACACCGCGAGAAAACUGUCACCACAUAAUUGAAUGGCCUGAGACGUAGCCCAUGUAUGAUCCUUGUUUCUUUCUCUGCCGUUAAAUAAUAUAUUUGAUUCCAAUAGCCAGACACUUAUGGUUUCACUUUCAGUCACAAUUGGCUGUCAAGUCAAAUGAAACCCUAAUAUUGAUCUUUGGAAGCAAAUGCUUAUUUUGUAAUAGGUCAAACUAUUGCUUAAAGAGUAAAAUGUGUUAUUUUGUGAAACAUUUGGGUUUGACAGCAUUUUCAGUAGGAUUUUGUAUCAUUUGGGAUUUGUUGCUAACCAACAAAGGCAUUCAG